AUGGACGUUGCGGACUCAACCUCUGAGACGCCACCUGUCUUCGAUCAUAAGAACUUGGCCCUCGUAGCUCAGACUAAUUUGCUACAGUUCUAUCUGACACAUUUGGCAACUACGUUUGCUCCCGCUCUUAAAAUGGACAUGCGGGAAUCUAUUACUCCCAGUUUCAGCCUUCCAGAGAGUCCAAACUCUGAUACAGAUGAUUCAGCAUCUGCUGCGCUUGUUUCUUCAACCAAAGCACUUUUCACGCUUCUCGGUGGAUCUCCAACAACCACCGACAGUACUGUAGUGAACGGUACAACUAAAAAAUCCAGCGCCACCAGCAAACUUUGUUCGGUAUGUGCUGAUAAAUCAACUGGACUGCAUUACGGCGCUUCAACAUGUGAAGGGUGCAAAGGAUUCUUCAAGCGAUCUGUUCAAAACAAGAAGGUCUAUCACUGCAGUCAGGACAACUGUUGUGAGAUUGACAAGCAGAAUCGGAACAGGUGUCAAUCGUGUCGUUUCCGAAAGUGCAUCAGCAAGGGCAUGCUAACCGAAGCAGUAAGAGAAGAUCGUAUGCCCGGUGGAAGAAACGGGAACAGUAUCUACAGCAACUACAAGCAGAGGAGAAGUAUCAUCCGGAAAACGAGAGAUUACGUUGAAGAAAUAGAGAGACGACCGUUCCAGAGUCUUCCGAGUGGCAAGAAAUUGAUUAAAGAGUUGGUAGAAAUGGACUGCUUAGAUCGUCUGAUCAAUCUAAAAGGACUCCGAAUCAAUCCAGCAUCGGCAAGCAGUGAUAUUGCUCCAGCGUGCAAAAGACUAACUAGAAUUGGUGAUGAAAUUGUGGAACAACUUGUGGAGUGGACAAAAACCCUUCCAUUUUUCGAUGAGUUACCUGUAGAAGCCCAUACACAUCUCUUGACACAACGCUGGGCUGAGCUUGUUCUCCUGUCUGCUGGAUACUAUGCCUGCUCAGUUUUCACUCCAGAUUCUCCAGAUACUACAGAAAUGAUUGAUGAAACUGAUGAGAUAUCAUUCACAAAUCCACAAGUUAACCUUCGCCUACUACAAAAUCGAUUGGCGUUGGUGCUUGGGAAAGAAAUUCCGUUCGAGCAUGUGUCUAAGGAAGCUGGUACGCUUGUCCACCGUUUCACCACUCUCCUCAACUCGUUCUCCAACCUCAAGGUCUCUCCAGAAGCGUACGUCUGUAUCAAGGCUAUCACCCUACUCCACCUUUCGCCCGAUUCAACUCUAGACCGAACUAUCAUUGACAAGGUCAACACCCUUCAGGAUCACUUUGUCAAGACGUUACAAAUUCAUUUGCAUCAGCCGGGAGAGGAUUCGCAGCAGACGACGAGUUUGGCGCAGAUUCUUGAAUGGCUCCCAGAGCUCCGAAACGCCUCAUCCGUACUACUCCACUCCAAAAUGUUCUACGUACCAUUCCUUCUCUGCAAGAAUCCUAGACGCCUAGUGUUCGACGAGUAG